AUGACUGCGCAGUCAAAGACUAACGUUCAAGAAAGACGUAGCAGAUCAUUCAGCUCAUUAAAAAAAUCAAACAUGCAGAACAAUAAUGGCGUUAGUAAUGAGGGAACUGGUACUAAUACUAGUAUUGCAGCAGCCGGUUUUGGAAAUGGGGUCAACCAUCACCAAUCAACUAACGUUAGCUAUCAAGAAGGAAUUAACGAUGAGUUUAAUACUGUACCAUUUAAUGUUUAUAAAAGUAAUGGCAAAAAUAGUAGAUUUUCAAGUUUAAAAGACAUGAGCAAUAAAAGAACAAAUAACGUUGAAAUUAACAAUAAUAAUAACAAUAAUAACAUUAAUAAUAACAAUAAUAACAAUACUAGUAGCAAUUUGAUGACAGAGAUUGAAAAUUCUGAUAUCACAAUGAGUUCAGUAGUACAUAGUAAGAAAGAUCAUUUAAGUAAUAACAGCUCUAUUUUAAGGGAACAACCUCAAACUUUGGAACCAAUAAAUGAGAAUCCAGAUGAAUAUCAACAUAUUAGAGAUAAGUUUGAUAAGGUUGAUAGUAAAUUUACAGAGCAUGAUAUUCAGGAUAUGUUGUUGAGUUAUACGUUUACAAGUGGUCAGAUAGAUAAUAAAUUGGAUAGUGUAGCAACGUCGUUGGAACGUAAGGGUGGUGAAUACCAUGGUAAAAAUGACACUAGUAAUUAUACAGAUUUUAAGAAGAAAAUCAAGGAAAUAUGGGGGAAUUUAUUAUUUGUUGUACUUGAAGAAAUUGAAAAAUUUCAAAAUACAGCAUAUGAAUAUUUUUGUUUAUCAUUAUUACAAAUAUCAAUUUGGUUUCCUAGAAUAGUUGGGAUGUUGAGGUAUGUAUUUCAUAUAUGUUUUUUCCAUGUUUUUUAA